AUGGCAAAUAAUACAGACGCUUCACAAGAUUUGGACAAGUUUCAAACGGAGGAUGAUGCCAGUAGUCCAGCAAAAUUCCCAAAUUUAAAUACAACAUUAUAUGACAAAUCCCAAUCACUGGUAGAUAUUGCGAAUAAUACCUUUAAAGAGUUAUGUCGUACUCUGGAGAAUGAGCAAUCUAAGCUUAUGGAAUUAGAGGAACGUCGCAAGAAGCUACAGGAAGAAAUGCAACGCCUUAAGCAGGAAAUCGAAGAAGAAAAGCAUACUUAUCGACUAAAUCUUGUAGAAUCCCUAACAGAGAAUGCAGAAGCUAUGUGCGCGAAAGAAAUGGCGAGUCUUGAAAGUAGUGGUGUGGACAUUGACGAAGGUGCCGAAUUCCAGAAUAAACUCUACACAUGUUAUGAAACCGAUGAAACAGCGGCCGAUGAAGAUGAUACCAAGCAUCCGAAUGACAUUGCACGCAGCAUUCAAAUAAAACUUCAGGGCGUAGUAGCAGAAUGCGUAAUUGAGCAGUGUCAUUACGAUGAUCCAGCUAAUGAGGUACAUACAUAUGCUACCAAAACAGAAUAUGUAUUCAGAUUUUUUCUACCUAAAAUACUGUUAUUUUUCCAGCAAGCAAAAUCCAAGCACACUGUACCGUGAAAUCCAAUUUUUUACUAUUGCGUAUGCACAUCCAGUUGUAAUUGUAUUUUUUUUUAUUUUUUAAAAUUUUGUUCAAGAA